AUGUCCUCCUUCCACCUACAGAACCGGGGAACGGUCUCCCGGCCUGGCGGGGAACCAACCAUCCAAACUCGAUACACGAAUAUGUUGCUCGAAGUCGACCGAAUUCCAUUGACACACACCGUCCUAGCGGCCUUUUUUCAGUGGCUCCUCUUGGCCGGAUACCUCGUCGUCCCUGGAACCUUCACCUCGCUUGAAAGCUCGACCACCCUUAAAAAUAGUUCGAGUGUGGUAAUUCGUACCAUCCAAAACCCACCACUCAUCGCAAUUUCCUGCAUCUUUCUCUUCAUCGGAGCUUCCGGAAUGUCAUGGCUAGCUUGGAUACGGAGGAAUAACUACAUUUGGCUAGCAAAGCUUUUUCGACCCACGUUAUCCAGCGCGGUUAUCGGUCUACUCACAACGCUGAUCAACGUUUAUACUGCUCGGCAUGGGGACUGGUCCAUUAUGGCAAUUCUGACCGUGUCAGUCACGUCUUCCGCAGCCGCCACAUCAUUAGCGCUCAUUGGGUAUUUUCAGUUCUUUCGAUUAGCUACGGUCAAGAAGGAACAUGAGAGAUUCAUGCUGGAAGCUGCUCGACAGAGAUGGCGAAGACAACUAGAUAUGUAGCUCAUGGUGAACAGAAUUAUUGGCCGGAUGAAAC